AUGUUUUGCGUUUUGUAUACUUUCCUUUCAGAUAUCAAUGAGUGUACGACUAAGGUCCAUAAAUGUGCUGCGAAUGCUUUCUGCAAUAACACUGAUGGAUCAUAUAACUGCACAUGCAGCCCUGGAUUCACUGGAAAUGGAACAGCAUGCACCGGUAUGUCAUUACGACCAAUACUUGUAAAACUAUAUUAUGAGGUCUAAGAAAGAAGCAUCCCAUACAUAGAGUGCUUCUCUCCGUAUUACCUUAGGGUGGAUUUCCACUGUCGCGUAAUUUUUACGUGCCGGUGCGUAAAAUUUACGUUCGCAAAUGAAAUAGAGGCAAUGCAUAAAAGGGCGCACGCAACGUCAAAGUUGAACUUCGCUCAACUUCAAGUUUAAGCUCGACACUUUGUACCUUACCUCUAUUUUAUUUACUCGAGUAGAAUUUACGUGCCUUUACACGUACGUAAAGAUCACGUGACAGUGGAAGUCCACCCUUACUCAGCUUACUUAUGAAAACCCGUCUGUAAAAAUAAGAGCUUUUUUUUACUGUCUUUUUAGAUAUUAACGAGUGUACGACUAACGUCCAUAACUGUGAUCCCAAUGCGUUCUGUAAUAACACUGAUGGGUCAGAUGGAUCUUAUACCUGCACAUGCGCUCCUGGUUAUGCUGGAAAUGGAACAGCAUGCACCGGUAUAUCAAAAAUCGUUUCUGCUGCAGUAUUGGAAUUAUGUUUCGUUGAUCCGUUUUGCCCGCGUCAUCUUUAAUAUUUUCUUGAUUAUUCUCUCCUUUUAGAUAUCAACGAGUGCACGACUAACGUCCAUAACUGUGAUCCCAAUGCGUUCUGUAAUAACACUGAUGGAUCUUACACCUGCACAUGCGCUCCUGGAUAUACUGGAAAUGGAACAGCAUGCACCGCCGGUAUAUCAUUAUAA